UCUUCCUCAAAUCCACUCCAAAUCUUAUCCCCCACUCUCCCAGUUUCCCUUACAAUUCUGUUCUUCAAACAAUGUCAGACUCUAAACCCGCCGCAAACGGCGGCACCGUCGGAGCAACGACAGCCAAAUCCAACGGUGACACCACGAAACCACAUCUUUACAACCCCAAUUCUCGCCCAGCGUACCGUCAACCCUACAACCGCCGUCACCACCACCGUCCCCGGAGAAACUACUGUUGCUGCUGCUGUUUCUGGACAAUCCUCGUCAUCCUCAUCCUCGCGCUUUUAGCCGCCAUAGCCGGAAGCAUCAUCUACGUGUUUUACCGUCCCCACCGCCCUUCUUUCACCGUCGCUUCCCUACGUAUCCACCGCUUGAACCUAACGACCACCGCCGACUCCUCCUCUUCCCAUCUCUCCGCCCUCUUGAACUUAACCCUUUCCUCCAAAAACCCAAACUCCCACCUCUCGUUCUCGUACGACCCUUUCGCAAUCUCAUGCGAAACGGGAAACGGCGGCGUCUUUAUAGCCAACGGAACAUUGCCGGCUUUUGUCAGCAACAGCAAGAACGAGACGACCUUCAAGGGAGUUGUGAUGACGACGGCGAGCGAUCCAGAUUCCGACGCCGUGAACAAGCUGAGAUCCGAUCUGAAGAGGAAGAAUGGGGUGGCGUUGAGAAUUGAUAUGGAUACCAAGGUUAGAGUGAAAAUGGAUGGAGUGAAGAGCAAGAAAGUGGGGAUUAGGGUCACGUGCGAUGAGAUUAAAGCGGCUGUGCCGAAAGGUAAAUCGCCGGCGGUGGCCGACGUGUCGAGUUCUAAGUGUAAGGUUGAUCUAAGGAUAAAGAUCUGGAAAUGGACUUUUUGAGCACGUCAUUUC